UCUUAUACAUUAAAAACAAGUAUAAUUUUUUUUUUGAAUAGUGUGGCACGGGUAAUAACUGGUUUAUGUGCAUCGGAAGGAAAAAUUGGAGGAAAACAAACUAACUAAACAAUAAAUUAAGGAGAACAAAAAGACUCACUAUUGAAAAUUUACUGUCCUUAUAAUUUUUCCUAUUUGGAAACCAAGAAAGUAACUCGACAAGAUGAAGUUUUGAGAAGUCUCUCAAUAACUUUUUUGUCUAUACGAAACUGUGAAUCUGUGGCCAUGCCCUUUGCACCUAUUCAAGAUUCAAGAUCAAUUUAGGAGGGAUUAGUUUAGGUCUCUGUUUGUGGGGCUAUUGGCAAGUGGGGGUCUUGGGGUUUGAUUGGAUGGGGGAUUUGGUUGAUUGGUCGAUGGUGGGUGGCGCUAUGGCAGACGGUGGUGGAAGGCAGUGAAGAGAAGAGUAGAGAGAUGGAGGUAGGGAGUGAAAGGGAUGUCGAGCUCUUUGAGAAAGGGGGAAGUACUGUGUCUUUUGUGAUUGGUGGGGGAUUUGUCUUUCGUGGGAAUUUUGUGGAGCAGUUAGUGAGCGUGAGGUGGCAGACGGUGGUGACUGGCGUUGGGAUGGGGUUGGAGAAUUACCUGGGGGUGUCGUUGGCGUGGCAAUUGCUGGCGGUCGUCGGCAGUGGCUGGCUUUGCUGUCGUGACUGUCAUUGGUGGCGGUCGAUGACAGUGGCUGGGCGUCAACGAUAUCGGUUGUUGAGCGAGAAAGAUAGUGAGAGCGUGAGAGACGGGGAAAGAUUGAGGAAGAGAGAAAAACACAGAGAGAGAGAGAGGGGGGGCAGUGUCUUGAGCGAGAAGAGAGAUGGGGAGAGAGUUAGCAGAUUGGGGGAAGAGACCAAAUAGGGAGCAAAGAUUGGGUGAGGCGGAGGGAGUUAAGGCGUGAAUCUGAAUUAGGGAAGCUGAGAUUUGGUAGAUUUGUGGAGGGGGAAAGAGAAAGAGCUGUUAGAUUGGAGAAGAUUUGGAAGAGAUACAGCGUGAGUUUGGGAAUCAGGCAUUAAUU